AUGAUCAGCGCCCCUGACGUGGUGGCCUUCACCAGAGAGGAGGAGCUGGAGGAUGAGCUGUGCAGCGAGCCGCCCCUGCCCGAGGAGUACUCGGUGCCGCUCUUCCCCUUCGCCAGCCACGGCGCCAACCCCUGGGCCAAGGUCGCCAGCUCCAAGUUCACCCGGGACUUCAUCCUCAUCUCCGAGUUCUCGGAGCAAGUGGGGCCCCAGCCCCUCCUGACCAUCCCUGAUGACACCAAAGUGUCGGGCACUUUCGAUCUCAAUUAUUUUUCCCUUCGGAUCAUGUCUGUGGAUUACCAAGCUUCCUUCGUGGGGCACCCUCCCGGCUCUGCCUACCCGAAGCUGAACUUCGUGGAGGAUUCCAAAGUGGUGCUGGGGGACUCGAAGGAAGGGGCCUUCGCGUACGUGCACCACUUGACUCUGUACGACCUCGAAGCCAGGGGUUUCGUGAGGCCCUUCUGCAUGGCCUAUAUUUCUGCUGACGAGCACAAAAUCAUGCAGCAGUUUCAGGAACUCUCCGCGGAGUUCUCCAAAGCCUCCGAAUGCUUAAAGACAGGAAACAGGAAAGCUUUUGCUAACGAACUGGAAAAGAAACUGAAGGAUCUCGACUACACCAGGACUGUACUGCACAACGAAACCGAGAUACAGAAGAAAGCCAACGACAAAGGGUAUUACACAACGCAAGCCAUCGAGAAGGCCAACGAGCUGGCCAGCGUGGAAAAGUCUAUCAUCGAGCACCAAGAUCUGCUGAAACAAAUCAGGUCGUAUCCCUACAGGAAGCUGAAGGAGUCCGACUUCCACCCCUACGAGCCGGAGUGUGCGCUGGAUCAGGCCAACGCGGGCUGCGAUCAGGACCUGACUACCUCCGACCUUGCUGAGCCUGGCGAAACACACCUUUAUGCCCACGUGCCGUCCUAUACCCCCAAGCUUAUCAAAGCGAAGUCUGCCAAAUGCUUUGACAAGAAGCUGAAGACGCUGGAGGAACUCUGCGAUAUUUAUUUUUUCACCCAAACCCUUGACCAGUUGCAUCAGAUCGAGAGGACUUUCAGAGGUGACGUCUGCUACCUCCUGACAGACCAGAUCAGCAGGGCACUCUUAAAGCAACAAAGCGUAACUAACUUUCUCUUCGAGGAUGUAUCUUUUCUGGAUGAAAAACCACCUGAAAAACAGCACAGAGGCUGCCAGGGGCUCGGUGAAGAUGCUGUCGAUAGAAAGUGUUUGGAAGAGUCCCCCGCUCCUAAAGUGGUCAUCAGCCUGGGAUCCUACAAGUCCAGCGUGGAGUGCGUGCCCAUCAAGAUGGAGCGGGAAAUCGAGGACUCCCAAGAACCCAAAAUGACGGAGUCCAUCACGUUCGAACACCAGGAGAACCUGGACUAUCUCGAUGCAGAUAUUAAAGGCAGCAUCAGUAGCGGUGAGAGCAUCGAGGUUCUUGGAACGGAGAAGUCUGCAUCUGGCUUGACAAAAUCGGAGAGCCAGGCCAGCCUACCCGUCAGCCCCAGUCCCCAGGUGGGCAGGAGCAAGGUGGGCAGCCGGCGCACCGUCAGCGAGGACAGCAUCGAGGUUCUCAGCACGUGUCCCUCCGAGUCGCUCAUCCCAGAAGAUUUCAAAGCGAGCUACCCAAGUGCCAUUAACGAGGAACCUUACGCGGAUGAUGAAGAGGGAGGCCUUCGUUUCACCCCCAAACUAAACCCGGACAACGCCGACGAGCAGGAGGAAGUUUCAAAACAGGAAAACUUGGUGCAGGUUGACUCUGCCUGUUGUAUUGGGAAGGAGAGUCCCAACUUCCUCGAGCCUCUGCCUGACCUGGGACAGAAGCCCUGUGACGAGGACGGGGUGGUCAGGAUCCCCCCGCAGCCGUACCGGCAGGCCGAGCAGGGGCUGCGCGGGAGCUUCGGGAGCUUCCCCUCUCACGACGGCAUCUCGGGGGGGCUCCUUCCCUACGAGCUUGACUCGCGCUACCUGACGGGCGGCAGGGAGGUCAGUAAGAGCAGCCUGGAUGAGUGCUCGGACUCCACGAGCUAUAUCAGCAGCGCCGCCUCCACGUGCUCCGACAGGACCCCUUCUCCUGCUCACCCCGCCUGCCAGGCGAGCGAAAGGCACAAAAAAAAGGCUGGCCAGAACGCGCUGCGGUUCAUCAGGCAGUACCCCUUCGCUCACCCCGCCAUCUACUCCCUGCUCAGCGGGAGGACCCUGAUCGUGCUGGGGGAAGAGGAAGCGAUAGUCAAGAAGCUCGUGACGGCGCUCUCCAUCUUCGUGCCGAACUGCGGCGUUUACGCCAAGCCCGUGAAGCACUGGGUCACUUCCCCUCUGCACGUUGUGGAUUUCCAGAAGUGGAAGCUGAUCGGACUGCAGAGGAUGGUGUCGCCGGCCGGGGUGAACGUGCUGCACGCCCUGAGCCGAUACAGCCGGUACGUCAGCAUUCUGGAUGCCGACAGUAAGACUCUCCGCUGCCCGCUUUACAAAGGCACCUUGGUGUCCCGGCUGGCAGACCACCGCACGCAGAUCAAACGAGGAAGCACCUACUAUAUGCACGUCCAAAGUAUUCUCACCCAGCUGUGUUCAAAAGCCUUCCUCUUCACCUUCUGCCAUCAUUUGCACCUUCCCAUCAGUGAAAGGGAACCGGAGGAAUCCGUUGUGAAUCGCAGGAUGAACUUUCUGAAGCUUCAACUGGGCCUUGCCAAUGAAGAUAUCAAAAUCGUACAGUAUUUAGCUGAGCUGCUGAAGCUGCAGUACAUUCAGGAACCCGGCCAGGGGGUGAACCCUCUGCUCAGAUUUGACUAUGUUCCCAGCUUUUUGUACAAAAUCUAGCCUUGCGCGGGCUGUCUGCCUGCAUACUCGGUCUGACAAAGCUCAUCCGUGCUUGACAUUGACGCUGUCUGCAGUAGCUCUCAUACGUCGGGGAAGGGUGAAGAAGCCGAUGCGUUUGCAAGCGUCUCUGCUCCACAGAAAUCAGUGUCUGAGGGACCGGAUUUCUGCGUGGUUCCCUGUAGCCAAGAAUGUAGAUGUUCCAUCGCAUAAACCACCGGGCACUCUGGUUUUAAAUGUUAGAAGGGGCACUAUUAACUUUUAAAGCGUAUCAUGGCAGCAUCCCAGGGGCAUUAUGGCGUGAAGAGAGAGGUGGGCUGUCUUGGGGAUCAAUACUUACUAGUGUACAGCCCCCGAAAUAACGCAGUGCUCCGCACGCUUCUGCCGGAGCCCUGAACGCUGUUGGUCCCUUCCGUGGAGCCGGGGCGGAGACCAGAGGGGAGAUGUAAAGGCCACGUGAAGUUUUUUAAUCCACUAGUGUCUCACGUGAGUGUAGCUCGGAAGCUCCCUGGCCGGGUGGCAGCUUGCAGUUACCCGUCUGUGCGCAGCGGUAGCGGAUGGUGUGUCCCUUCCUGCGUUUUUCUGAAUUUCCUGGCGCUUCCCAGGACAGGUUGUCCCUGGGCGGGUGGGAGCGCAGUGGAGACACACGCGCUUCUCUCCAGAAAGCGUUUGCCAGUUUCUCUCGGCUCUGUUAAAAUCUGGGACGUGGAAGGAUUCCUUAACGCCGGCGAGCGCCGAGGUGCCCGCUGCUGUGAAUGUAGAGCACUGUGCCUUGUUAAUUUGUCACGUCCUAUUUGCUGGGCGACCUCCGAGAAGGAUGGGAGGGAGACCGGGAAUCCUCAAAGCAUGUGAGGUCGAGGGUGGCCUUUUAAGGAGAGAGGGGAACCGAAGAGUGGGGGAGCCCUCAUUUUUAGGUGCUUUUUGCGAUGAGGAAACGAACAGUGCAAUUCAGCUGAAGCUACGCCGUGAGACAGCAGGCUGUUAGAGCAGGCUGCCUGGCUGAUGAGAUCCUAGUGCUCAGGAGAGAUCGGGGAUGAAUGUACUGGAUUCCAUGUUGUAUCCAUAAUAGUUUUUUUUUGUUGUUUUGUGUUUUGUUUUUUCUUUUUUUUCUGUCGGGGAGUUGACUUUUGUGCUUUGCGGUAAAGCAGGGUCGGCAUCGCUGCA